AUGUCUACUUCAGAAGAACAACAAAAACCACAACAAAAUGUUGUGACAACUGACUUGCCAGUGUCAACCGAUGAAAAUGCCAAAGAAUCCGAUCGAGAAAGUUCAACAUCAAAACACACUGCAGAGAAUAUGGCUGCAACUGUUGACGAAACGGUUGAUGAAAAUACCUCAUCGGCAAACGCUGAUUUAACAACACUUACGCCAUCAACAACGGACGAACCGACAUCAACAACCGGAACUAAUGAAGAGCAACAGUCUAUCAGUGAAAAAGAAAGUAAACAACAACAUCCAAAUUCUGUUGCUGAUAGUAAAAAGAAUCUAGAAGAUAAUGAUCAAUUGGCAACCCUGAAUAGAGACAGAGAUCACGCAAAAUUAGAUGAAAAAACAACUAAUGGUCAUGGUAAACGUGAUAUUGCUCACGUGAAUAAUGAUACAGAAGAAGAGACAAUAGCAACAAAAAAAGUGAAAACAGUAGCGCAGGAAGAGAAAACAGAAGAUGAGAAUGAAGUUAAGAAUAUCGUAGAACUCGCAGCAAUUUGA